GUGCCGUCGUGUCUUCCUUCUCCCCUCCUUCCUUCUCCCACCAACAACUCGACUAGACAAACUUGACGCUUCCCCGACUACCCCCGCGACCCCCAAAUUCGUCCGUUCGCCACAUCGCGAUUCACCACAAACAAAGAAUUGCGAUUGAACAUCAUAACUCGUGCAACACCCCCCAAAUCUACAAUUCAAUGGGUUCUGUUCCUACCGAGAUGGGCGGCAGACUGGCUGGCAAGAACGCCGUUAUUACCGGCGCUGCUGGUGGCAUCGGGCUAGAAACCAGCAUUCUCUUCGCCAAGGAGGGCGCCAGUGUCGUUAUGGCCGAUAUCUCUGGUCCCGCGCUCGAGAAGGCCAAGGCCAAGGUGCUCUCGCUCAUUCCGUCGGCGAGGGUUGAGACUAAGAUCACCGAUGUUUCCAAGGAGGACCAGGUCAAAGCCCUCGUUGAUUCGGUCGAUUCCUGGGGUGGACUUGAUAUCAUAUUCAACAAUGCUGGCAUCAUGCACGCUCGCGACGACGAUGCUAUCAACACACCCGAGGAGAUUUGGGAUCUGACCCAGAACAUCAAUGUCAAGGGUGUCUGGUUCGGCAGCAAACACGCCGUUCUCGCCCUGCGCCGCAAUAAGAAGAAGAAGGGCUCCAUCAUCAACACGGCUUCUGUUGUCGCUCUCGUUGGCGCUGCUACCCCUCAGCUUGCCUACACGGCGUCCAAGGGCGCCGUCCUCGCCCUUACCCGUGAGCUCGCGAUGGUGCACGCCCGCGAGGGUUAUCGCUUCAACUCUCUCUGCCCCGCGCCCCUCAACACGCCGUUGUUGCAGGACUGGCUUGGUGAUGACAUCCCUAAGCGUUUGCGCCGCGAGAUUCAUUUUCCUACUGGUCGUUUCGGCGAGGCCAUUGAACAGGCCCAGGCUGUCCUCUUCCUAGCAAGUGACGAAUCGAGCUUCGUCAAUGGUCACGACAUGGUAGUCGACGGCGGUAUGACCAAGGCCUACGUAACUCCCGAAGGUCCUGCGACGCCCGCACCCAUUAACAACGCCAGUCGCACCAGCCUUGAGUAAGAGGCCGACGCGGCUUAUCUGAUUUCGGGUUCCUCGAAAUUGUGAGAUAAUGGAUUUGGAGUUUAUGGCGCUGGGUAAGAGAUUAGGCAAUCGUCGAUGGUCAUGAUGAAAGUGUGAAUAGACUAAAUUAUUCAAAAUGAUGUUCUGCGGUUGCCUGCAAGACCACAGAGUAGUGGUUUUCCCUUU